AUGUUAAAUUUGUAAGUUUUUCCUUCUUUAAAUUAUUCUUAAACAUAAAGUUAUAAUGGUAUAGAAACUAAUAACUAUCUUUUAAGAUUUUAAUUCAUUAGUUUAAUCUAUAAUAUAUUUGAUAUUUCAUUUUCUUCCAAUUAUAAUUUUAGAUAUUUGUUUACUCAUUUUAAUUUUACUCAGUAUAUUAUAUAUAAAAAAAUUAGAACAUUAAAUAUAAAAUUACCUAAAUAUGAUUCAAGGAGCUUAGACCGACUUUAUCCAUGUAUUUUAUUGAUAUUAUAUUGGUUAUAAUAGAUCUUAAAGAAAUAUAAAAAAAGUAAAAGGUACUCUGAAUUACAAGAAUUGCAUAUCUAAUGUAAGAUUGACAUUUAACUUGAUAUAGGUGUUGUUGAUGAAUUAAAAGGGUAUAAUAAAGAAGAGAAUUUCCACAAAUUUUUUGAAGUAUUGCAAAGUUCAUUAAGCACAAUUGGAUCUUUUAAGUUUUUAGUACUUUGUCACAAACUGAUCUAUUAACUCUAACAAGAAUUUGCCAUUAGAUUUAUUUAAAAUAAGCUCAUACCUGGAGAUGAUACAGAUAAGUCUAGAUUGGCUAUUUACUAUUAUAAUUUUUUAUUCAAAUUAUGCGAAAACUUUGAUUACUAUAAAGAAGUUAUAGAGUUUAUUGAAACUGACAAUAUCGAGAAAUUUAUGA